CCUAGUGAAAAUUUUCAAAAUCUCCUCCUUUCCUCCCAUUCAUUUCCAGAACUCACUUGUUGGGCUCCACCUUGGGUUCCCUUUCACUCCAUCGUAACACUGAUCAGAUCUCAGUCUCGUAUCAGAUCUCAACCUCUCGUCUACUCCUCACAAAAAUGGCCGCCGCAUCCACGGCAUCGAGGCCCCGCGCAUCCAAAUCGGAGUCCUUCGUCGACAACAAACGCAAGGAAGACAUCCGAUCCGCCAACAUCAACGCCGGCCGCGCCGUCGCCGACGCCGUCCGCACGAGCCUCGGCCCCAAGGGGAUGGACAAGAUGAUCUCCACCGCGAGCGGCGAGGUCAUCAUCACCAACGACGGAGCCACGAUCGUCAACAAGAUGGACGUCUUACAGCCCGCCGCGAAGAUGAUGGUGGAGCUCUCCAAAUCUCAGGACUCCGCCGCCGGAGACGGGACCACCACCGUCGUCGUUCUCGCCGGAGCCUUGCUUAGAGUCUGCCAAUCGCUCUUAGCCUCCGGGAUCCACCCUACCGUGAUCUCGGACGCGCUCCACAAGUCUUGUGGUAAGUCCGUUGAUAUCUUAACCGCCAUGGCUGUCCCUGUGGAACUCACUGAUAGAGAAUCUUUAGUGAAAUCGGCUAGCACGUCGUUGAAUAGUAAGGUUGUUAGUCAGUACUCUACAUUGCUCGCUCCGUUAGCUGUGGAUGCGGUUCUCUCCGUGAUUGAUCCGGAGAAGCCGGAGAUCGUUGAUCUGCGUGAUAUCAAGAUUGUUAAGAAGCUUGGUGGGACUGUUGACGAUACGCACACGGUGAACGGUUUGGUGUUUGACAAGAAGGUGAGCCAUGCUGCUGGUGGACCUACGAGGAUGGAGAACGCGAAGAUCGCUGUGAUUCAGUUCCAGAUCUCGCCUCCGAAGACGGACAUUGAGCAGAGUAUUGUUGUUUCGGAUUAUACUCAGAUGGAUAGGAUCUUGAAAGAAGAGAGGAACUACAUCUUGGGGAUGAUUAAGAAGAUUAAAGCGACUGGUUGUAAUGUUUUGUUGAUCCAGAAGAGUAUUUUGAGGGAUGCUGUGACUGAUCUGUCUCUUCACUAUUUGGCUAAAGCUAAGAUUAUGGUGAUUAAGGAUGUUGAGAGGGAUGAGAUUGAGUUUGUUACCAAGACGUUGAACUGCUUGCCGAUCGCUAACAUUGAACAUUUCAGAGGCGAGAAGCUUGGCCAUGCUGAUCUCGUUGAAGAAGCGUCGCUUGGAGAUGGGAAGAUUUUGAAGAUCACUGGGAUUAAAGAUAUGGGGAGGACCACCUCUGUUCUUGUCCGUGGUUCUAAUCAACUUGUUUUGGAUGAAGCUGAGAGGAGUCUGCACGAUGCUUUGUGUGUUGUCAGGUGUUUGGUGAGCAAGAGGUUUUUGAUUGCGGGAGGUGGUGCGCCUGAGAUUGAGCUCUCGAGGCAGCUGGGUGCUUGGGCUAAGGUGCUACAUGGGAUGGAAGGUUACUGUGUGAAGUCUUUCGCUGAAGCUCUCGAGGUUAUCCCGUACACGCUAGCUGAGAAUGCAGGUUUGAAUCCUAUUGCUAUUGUGACUGAACUCAGGAACAAGCAUGCUCAAGGGGAAAUAAACUCUGGGAUCAAUGUGAGGAAAGGGCAGAUCACUAACAUCUUGGAGGAGAAUGUCGUGCAGCCUCUGCUUGUGAGCACCAGCGCGAUCACUCUAGCGACUGAAUGUGUAAGGAUGAUUUUGAAGAUCGAUGACAUCGUUACUGUGAGGUAGUGUGGUAGUUUCAUCCUUGCUCCAUCUGAGGCUUUGUUUCUUUUUCGUGUUUUUUUUUUUCGCAAUUUGUUGUUGAACUUAGACCCCCCUCGUCUUUCACCAUGUUCUAUUGCAGCUAAGUUGUUUUCUUUGUGGUUUAGUGCGACUUUAAUUCUUUCUAGUGAUUUGAUAUCAAGAAUUCCCCUUUUUUGUUUAAGAUG